AUGUCCAGCAAUCAUACGACGGACCAGCUCGAACUGAGUGAGCUCUGCGAUGAGUCCGACCUCGAGAAACUCCUCUCCCCCGCCGGCCGCAUCUCAAUCUGUGGCUUCGGCUCUCUCCUCUCAGGUACAGGAACCUACUCUUGCAUUCACUGGUUUUCUCCGUUGCCGGAGUAUCGACGUCCAUGUGUGAAAGAUACAGUUUUGCGUCUGUUCGACCAGAGAGAAGCGCGAGGCGCACGUUCCCGACCUGGUCAACUUCAGAGUGGCGAGGUUGACGGCUUCUGGCGCGUCUUUGCUCAUGUUGCUCCGAUUUGCUUCGAGCGUGUCAUAGCCAAGCCUGAAACUAAGGUUCUCUAUCUGAACCGAUAUUUCGAGUCUGAGCGUCCAUGUGAAGGCGAGACUCUCAUAGUUACUGUUUUUGAGAUUAAGCAGUCGGAGAUUACUGUAUUUAUCAAGAGGGAACUCGAGUUUGGAUUUCUUGCCGUGAGUCUCUACCAACUCCUGUACUUUGUGCUCAGUAUAGCGACGAGGAAUUCUUCCGAGUCAGAUAUAAAGAAAGCAAGGAGAUCUAUUUUCAACACUAUGGACGACAUGGUAUUGAUAAGAUCUGGCGGGAUGUUUUACCUUGUCGUAUGUAUCUUGGACACUGCUGAUACUGAUAGAAUGGAAAAUAUAACUGCUGGGUUGAUGAUCAGUUUACGUCUUGCCAAUGUCUUGGCUGCAGAGAACCUCGGCGAGGCUGUCUAUGACAAUUUUCUUGAUCACAUCUAUCUGGCUGAUUGCAAAACGACCAUCCGCGAGUACUUAGAGACAUCAGGAUCAGGAAUCAUGUAA